AUGACCAACCACUCCUACCUGGUGGAAGGGUCCAAGGGGCGCAUCUUUCUGAAGCAAGCUGAGGCCUGCCACAGUGUCGAGACCGCGAUUCCCCUCAGCCUGGCCCGCCUCGCAACGGAGGCCAUUGGCAUGCGUCUUGGCCAGGCUUGCGCGCCGGAGGCCGUCCCGCCGUGCCUGCACUACGAUGGGCAAGCAAACAUAGUGGCCGCAGAGUUUGUGCAGGGGCGCGAGGUGCUGCCUGCCGCCCUGCUCAAGGGCGCCAUAUUUCCUGGCCUCGCCUGCAGCCUGGGCUCCGCUCUUGCACGGCUCGCGGCCGGCACGACGCGGGAGGCGCUGGGGCACAAGGCGUUUGGCGCUCUGGAGGCGGUGGCCGCAGCAAGCUCGAGCGUUGCUGAUCUCAUGGAGGAUCUAGUGCUCUAUUUGCCGUUUGACCGCGCCGCGCCCCACAACCGCUGGCCGGCUGAGCUGGACGCUGAGGUGGAGGCCCUCGUACACGGCGACGCCGCCCUAAUGCGCGAGGUCGAGUGCAUGCGGCGGCUGCGCAGCGGCGGCGGCAGCCCCUGCUUCGCCCACACAGACGUCUGGCUCAACAACAUCCUCGUCCCGGAGUGGCCCGAGGGGGGUGGCGGCGGCAGCCAGCAGCAGGAGGUGGUGCCGACCAUCGUGGAUUUUGAGUUCGGGGCGAUCGCGCCGACCAGCUACGACAUCGGGCACACGCUAGGGAUGCUUGUGCUGGCUGCGUUCCUCGUGCGCGCGUACAGCGACGGCGCGGACGGCGGCGCCGUGCCGGGUGCGCGGCGGCGCGAGCAGGAGGACUGGCUCCUGGCAUCCGUCGGUGAAGCCUGGGCCGAAUUCGAGCGCGUGUGGCGCGGCCUGCAGCAGCGGCGCUCGCCCUGGAGGCAGCGGGCCGCGCUGCCGCCGCCGCCGCUUCUCGCGGACGCGCUUGGGUUUGCUGGUUGCACCGUGAUUCGGUGGGCAAUCGGGCAGUUCAACAUUUUCAGGAGCCUGGGUGUGGGGGAUGCAAGUGGCGCUGCGCACUGCGCCGCCGUGCGGCGCGCGGUGCACGCGGGGGCUGCCAUGCUUCGGGGGCGGCACGCCAUCAAGAGCGCAGAUGAGGUGGCAGACAUUGCACGUGCUGAGCUGGCAUGA